GGUUAUAAAAAUGAACUAUAAAUACUGCCCACAGUAAUGGCGUUUCAUAGUUUAUGAUUGUUUGUGACAAGAGUCUGCUGUUCGAUAUUCCGAUUGUGUCGAGAUAAAUGCGAAUAAACUCGUGAAUUCACAAGGCACUGACUUUUUGCCAACGCAAUGAGCUAUCAUCGAGGAGGUAGCAACAAGCCGAAGGGCUUUGGAUUUGCAGGCUUUCAAAUGUCUGGUAAAAGAAGCGGCACUAACAUACCUCCGCCUCCACCAAAUUCUACAUUGAGUAAGCAAGGCUAUCAUACAAUGAAUGCCAUUACGGAAAACGCUUUGUCUGCUUGUUGGGGCGUGCCUAAGAAGCGCAGCAAAACGGAAGAAGAAUAUUUUGAGGACGACGACGAACCUCCAACUUCCUCAUUGGAAUACAUACCUGCACCUGGUUCUCCUACUUAUGACUUGAUGAAGAAAUCAACUGCAAAAGAUGAGAGCGACAGCGAGGAGGAUACCCUGGACGCAUUCAUGGCGAGUAUCGAUGCAGAAGUCAAGCGAAAUAAAUGUGUCGCUCAACAUGACGAAAAUCGCAAGGAAGACAAGUCCAAGGGAUUCCGAGCGGAUAUUGAUGGGGAAGAUGACGAAGAGAGUUACUACAGGUACAUGGAGGAAAAUCCAACCGCUGGUUUGCAGCAGGAAGAAUCGGAUCAAGAAAUUGAAUACGACGAGGACGGCAAUCCAAUUGCCCCACCGAAAAAGAAGGAGAUUGAUCCAUUACCACCGAUCGAUCACAGCGAGAUAAAGUACGAGCCGUUCGAGAAAAACUUCUACAAUGUGCACGAGGAGAUCGCGAGUCUAAGUAAGCAGCAGAUUGAUGACCUGAAGAAGACCCUGGGCAUAAAGGUAUCCGGACCGUCCCCGCCAAAUCCGAUCACCAGUUUCGGCCAUUUCGGUUUCGAUGAUGCACUGAUAAAGGCUAUCCGCAAAAAUGAGUACACGCAACCCACGCCUAUACAAGCGCAGGCAAUCCCGGCUGCUUUAAGUGGACGGGACAUAAUAGGUAUAGCGAAAACCGGUAGUGGAAAGACAGCGGCGUUCAUCUGGCCGAUGUUGGUGCAUAUUAUGGACCAACGUGAACUAAAAGCCGGAGAUGGUCCCAUCGGUCUUAUCCUGGCGCCCACUAGGGAAUUGUCUCAACAGAUUUAUCAAGAAGCGAAGAAAUUCGGUAAGGUUUAUAACAUCCAAGUGUGCUGUUGCUACGGAGGUGGCAGCAAAUGGGAGCAGAGCAAGGCGUUGGAAAGCGGUGCGGAGAUCGUGGUCGCUACUCCUGGUAGAAUGAUCGAUUUAGUUAAGAUGAAGGCAACGAGUCUCAGCAGGGUAACAUUCUUGGUCCUCGACGAAGCUGACAGAAUGUUCGACAUGGGAUUUGAACCGCAAGUGCGAUCUAUAUGUAAUCACGUGAGGCCUGACCGACAGACGUUGCUGUUUAGCGCGACGUUCAAAAAGAAAGUAGAGAAGCUCGCCAGGGACGUGUUAACGGAUCCUAUCAGGAUCGUACAGGGAGACGUCGGCGAGGCUAAUACCGACGUGACGCAACACGUCGUUAUGUUCCAUAAUAAUCCUAGCGGCAAGUGGAACUGGCUGUUGCAGAAUUUGGUCGAGUUUCUCAGUGCCGGCAGCCUCUUGAUCUUUGUCACCAAGAAGCUGAACGCGGAAGAACUCGCCAACAAUCUCAAACUGAAAGAGUUUGACGUGCUACUUCUGCAUGGUGACAUGGAUCAGAUUGAAAGGAACAAAGUGAUCACCGCUUUCAAGAAAAAGGAUGUCAGCACUUUGGUUGCUACUGACGUAGCCGCGCGAGGAUUGGACAUUCCACAUAUCAAGACGGUCGUGAAUUACGACGUAGCGCGCGAUAUCGAUACGCAUACGCACAGAAUAGGAAGAACAGGGCGAGCCGGUGAGAAAGGUACGGCGUACACCCUUGUAACCGAAAAAGAUAAGGAAUUUGCCGGACAUUUGGUGAGGAACUUGGAGGGGGCGAAUCAAGAGGUGCCAAAAAGCUUGAUAGAUUUGGCCAUGCAAAGCGCGUGGUUUAGGAAGUCGAGGUUCAAAGGCGGGAAAGGAAAGAGUCUGAAUAUCGGCGGGGCCGGACUCGGCUUCCGAGGCAGGCCCGAGUCGUCAAACUCGAGCGGAUCCUCGUCGCAGACGUCCAAGGACAUCAGCGAGGUCGUUAAAAAGUUGGAGAGACAAGGUCCCGGCAGCGAUCGGCUAUCUGCGAUGAAAGCCGCUUUCCGAAGUCAAUAUAAUUCCCAGUUCCGAGCAUCAUCGGAUCACACCUGGGAGCAAACAAUCACGCCACCGUCGGUGAUAAUGCCACCGCCACCACCGCCGACCGUUCCGCCACCGAAGCCUGCGGCGCAGGACAACCAGGCCUCCAACUCGGCGGCACCGGAGCGCAAAAGAGUGCGAAAGAGUCGGUGGGAAUGAUCAAGUUAAUGUACCAUUAUCUGUGUAUACUAUAUAGGAAUUACUGAAUUAGUAUGCUAUAUCGAAAUGAUAAAACGAACUGACUUGUUUUUUAUUACAAUAAAAUUUAAUUUUAGCAAUUC